UAUUUCUAAAAAAAAGAAGGAUUUCUCCCUUUAAUCAAUACUAAAUUCGACAUUUUAUAUGACAGUAAAUACAAUCUUAAAAGAAAAAGUUUACUUUGAUCAGUAUGUAUCUAAUUUCCAAUAAUUGCUAUCCAAAAUCACCAUUUAGAGGUUGGAAAAGAAUUUGCAUAUACUAUAAACGUAUAUUUGUCUACUCACUAAAAUAUAAACUCAUGGUUGAUAAAAAAAACAUUACCAACUCAUGUUAAGUAAUUAACAUGGUCAAUGGGCGGCAAAAAAAAAUUUGUUUUCUUUUUUCAAAUAAAAAAAAGUUUAUUUUAUUGUCAACAUGGUAUACUAAAAAUCAAAAUAUGAACAAAUUGCACUUGCAUAUAGGUGGACGGGUAUAUAAAUGUAAGAAUUGUGUCUCUCAUCACAACACGUAUUUUGAUAACCUUCACUUCCCAUAGUUCUCUCCAACUCUCGCUCUUCUUUAUAGACCAUUAUUGGUUGAUUGUCAUGGAUCCACCAUUCAACGAUAUGUACAAUACCCUCUUCUAUAAACAGAUCACAAACACAGAAAGCAAUGUCCCCGAAGUGCCCUUUAGCUUCUCUGUCACGGCAGUCGUCGAAGAGGUGGAGCUUCCAGUUAUUGACGUCAGUCUUCUGAUGGAUGGAGCCAAGAAGGAGAGGGAGAAGUGUAAGGAAGAGAUUGCUAGAGCUUCGAGGGAAUGGGGAUUUUUCCAAGUGAUAAACCAUGGAAUAUCAAUGGAUGUGUUGGAGAAGAUGAGACAAGAACAAAUUAGGGUUUUUAGAGAACCCUUCGUCAAGAAAAGCACGUCUGAUACGUUCUCCGCCGGGAGUUACCGGUGGGGAACGCCGUCAGCCACUUGUCUCCGGCAACUUUCUUGGUCGGAAGCAUUUCAUGUUCCCAUGACAGAUAUUUCUGACAACAAGGACUUCACUUCCCUCAGCUCAGCAAUGGAAAGAUUUGCUUCGGAAUCGGAGGCUCUAGCACAUACGUUGGCAGAGGUUCUUGCAGAAAAGUUAGAACGAAAAUCAAAUUUCUUCAAAGAAAACUGCGUGAGAAACACAUGUUAUGUGAGGAUGAACCGUUAUCCACCAUGUCCGAAACCAUCUGAGGUGUACGGUUUAAUGCCACACACGGACAGUGAUUUCCUCACAAUCUUGUACCAAGACCAAGUCGGUGGACUUCAACUCAUCAAAGACAAUAGAUGGGUCGCCGUUAAACCCAACCCUCGUGCUCUCAUUAUUAACAUUGGCGACUUAUUUCAGGCAUGGAGCAAUGGCAUGUACAAAAGUGUGGAACAUCGUGUGAUGACGAAUCCAACGGUGGAAAGAUUCUCAACGGCGUAUUUUCUAUGUCCAUCAUACGACGCUGUUAUAGAAUGUUCCGGUGAUUGUCCUUCUUAUAGAAAUUUCAGCUUCAGAGAAUUCAGACAACAAGUUCAAGAUGAUGUUAAGAAGCUUGGUUAUAAAGUGGGCCUCCCUAGGUUCAGUAAUCAUCUAUACUAAUUUAUAUACCAGUUUUUAAUUUGUUUUUAGGUUUUAUAAUUUAUUUAAUUCUAUUGUUUUUAUUUGUUCCAUAUAUAUUUUCCGCUGAUUUUUCUGAUAAAUAUUGUAUUCUAAAUACUUUCUCUGUUUUAUUAAAUGUGGCUUAAGGUUUUACAUCCGAAUUAAGAAAAGAAUUAAAUUUUGUAAUUUAUCCCUAUCUAAUACAUUAUUUUGUUUGAUUUUUGUUAAUUAAUGAACUAAAAAUCAAUACAAUACUAAAAGCUGAAUAUCUUCAAUGGAGAGGCCCUCCACGUCAACAAAUAAAAUCGACUAAUAGGAUCACUGGUUUUCGCCAUGUCACCGAUGGGAUUGGAUAUUUUGGGCUUCGAUUUUUAAAUUUUUUUGGUUCAGUUUUCAGGCCCAGUUAGUCCACCCUCUGGAAACCGUAACAAGCUUUCUCUCCCACGAUGCCUUCUCUGUUUCUUCUCUUCGUUCUUGGACUAUUCAUCUUCUCAACGGAAAGUCGAUCAAUCGACUCCACUCUAUCUAUGUGCAAUGAAUCCAUCAUUUAUGGGUUCUUUUCAUAUCUCUCCCUCUGAUUUUCUUUAUAUCUCUAUCUUGCUCAAGAUAGUCUACACUAUCACAAUCGAAAUUUGCGAUGAAUUCUAACCGCAAUUCCACUGUUUCUGGCGUUUUAUCUCGAAGCAAUCAAACGGAACUGACGGAGCCUCCUCCGCUGAGCCGAUCUAACGUACCGGCCAAUCCGGUGUCUCUUCCGCCGUACCGAUCAAACAUUAUCAUCCUCUUCGAUGCCAUGCCUGUUUUUUUGGUUAUCUUCAUCUCUCAAUCGGUUCAGUCUCCUCUGAGAAACAUAAAUAGCCCUUUUGGUUUCCAUGGAGCAGUGAAUCGUGAAUCUACUGCUAACUCUACAUCUCCCCCAUCUUAAUCGAUUGUCUAGCUCUGCCUCAUAUGUCUCUUCUGUCUAAAUUUGUAGAAGAAACUGUGUAGAUGAAGUAAAGAAGAAAUUUCCAGGUUAUCCAAGAGGCUUAUACUCUCUUUUUCUUCAUCUUUGUCUUCUAAAUUAUUUUAUCACGGAAACAAAUGGGAGUUUAUUAUUGGAUACAGAGGAUCUUCUGUUAUUUCCUUGAUCUGUGUACUUUUUUUAUUAUAAAAGUAUUGUUUAUGUGUCUGAUUAAGGUUUUCUUUUUCUAUUUGUUGUGGGAACAUAGUUUCUUCUGACUCCAACAAGAGGUUCGUGUAUGAUGUUGGAGCUUAUAAUAGUGAUGAUGAUAAAGCUGACCAAAACGUAAAUUCUUCUUUUUUUUUUUUUGCUAAAAGAUAGUACAAUGUUUCUUGACAUGUCUUCUUUAUGAACUAUGUGGUGAUGAAUCAUUUUUGGUUUACAGGGAAUGGGAGAUUUCUUGAACGAGAUGGCGGCCAUGAUGAAUCUCUGUAUAGUGUAAGACUCUGCAUUAGUUUUUCCCUUUGGUUUAUUAUUAGACAUGACUGAUUGUUUGAUAUUUGAGAUGUUGAUUUUGGCAUGAGAAUAAUUCAGGGGACAGUUUUGAACAGGUACAAGAUCUGUUUAAUGAGACGUUUAAAGGAGACACCGCAGCAUUCCCAUCCUCAUCAUCAACAUCUUGGCUCGUGUCUCCAUCUGUUUGUUAUGUAAUCUAAGGAAGCCGACGGCGGUGGUUCUCUUGAAGAGGGUGACGACUGAAGUAAAGACGUUAAUGGGGGCAGUUCUCAUAAGGAGGUUGGUGAUACCCAUUCCACAACUCGCAAGAAAGAAGUCCCGAGUUUAAAGGUUGUUCAGUUUAGUUUUCUCUUUUGACUCUUGUGUGAAUGAAUCUUACGGGGUUAUAUAUCCACUUAUUUAUUUUCUCCACAUACUUCACAGGUUGGCACGCUUAUUGGUAAAGGUGGGGAGAUAGUAAGGAAUCUUCAGCUCAGUUCUGGUGUCAAAAUCUAAAUUUGGAGGGAUGCAGAGGCUGAUCUAAAUUCAGCACUAAGACCGGUGGAGAUAAUUGGGAAUCUUGCUUCUAUUGAGAAAGCAGAGAAGCUUAUCAAUGAAGUUAUAGCUCAGGUUAUAAAUUAUCUUUGUUUCUAUUUAAUUGACAACUUUUGUUUUUACUGUCUGACGUAACAUUUUUUUUCCUGCUGCAAUCUUAGUCUGAAGGAGAAGGUAUACCUGCCCUUUUUGUAAGAGGGGCUCCAGAACAAAUAUGGAUCAAAGUUCGAAAUGAUGGUAUUCGGGAGACUAUCAAGAACAUGCAUACAAAGUCGAGAGCACGGAUUCAGGUGGUCCUUUCUAUUUAUGAUCUCAAGUAGUCUAGCAUCUUGGUUUAGAUUUAUAUUGUGUUGUUUAGGUUAGUUUCUGCCUGGAAACUUACUACUUGAUAGUUGAUCAGUUCAUUGUUGGGAUUUGUUUUUAUGAUUUGUUGAAACUGUCUACUUAUUGUUUCCACGACGUGGACGUAACUGUGUACUUAUUUUGUGGUAUGAGACUUCAUCAACCUUUAGGGGCCUCUUGAAAUCAGGGGAUAAAAUUCACUCUGUGAUGUUGGUGACCACAGUUAAUCCUAAACUGUUUGGAGAUAGAUCUAACUAACUGUGGUUCUGCGGAAGAAUUUGAGAAUGAUUCUUCUAUCCUUUGUUCUCUUUCAUUCCUAUGCCAAGUUGGUUCUUAUUUUUUGGUAACUGACGUUGUUGAUUGUCUUUGUGGUGGUUACAGACAGGCUAUGCCGAUGGUUGAUGGGGCUGCAGAAGUGAUUUUAAAACUGUUUUUGUGUUAUCAGUUAAUUUCAAAUUGUAAUAAUGUAUUUUUUUGAAGUUAAAAAAAAAUAAAGUUCUUUCUUUAUUACACUAGCAAUAUAUAUACACGAAUAAAUAUAAUAUAACAACAUAAACUUGCUUUCUCCGAUUCAUAUGAAAACUUUUCAAGUUAUCAACCAAAGCAAAUUAACUAAAUCAAUCAAAUUGUUAGAAUACAACAAAUUAAUAUAUAAUUUUAUUUUAAAUUAAAUUAUUUUAAAAAUGUAUUUUCAUUAAAAAUAAAAUAAUAAAUAAGUAAAACUGAUUUGAUGGUAAUUUUUAUGACAUAUAUAUAUAUAUAUAUUC